CCUUGUCUCUUGCUGCGACAUUGACAGCGGGACAGUCCCUGGAGCAGCGCAACAUCUCGGAGAAAAUCCAUCCACUCACGACCCAUGCGUGUGGCCCCCCCCCCUCCCCUCCAUCUUGCCUGGUCUACGGAGCGGUUUCUUGAAUCUGACAGAUCCCAAUUUCUUUUCUUUCAUUUCGUCUUCCCUAGCGCCGUCGGUUGCCCCCUUGUCAUUGGCUUGCCUGCGACGGGUACGGCGGUACCUAUCUGCAUCAACAGCUUAACCACACCCUCGGUGACCUUGAGUCUAGCCCUCCUUACAAUUGGAAAUGCCUAAUAAUGAAAAUAAAAUAACAUGAAUCGAUAUGGGUCAAUAUAGAAACAUUCUGACGAGUCGUCUACCCCGUAAUUUUUCGCUUCUUCGCACACUAUGCCUUCCGUCCAUCCUUCCAGAGGAGACAGGGUAGU